UAAAAUCAGGAUCAGAACAUCGAAGGCAUCAGUAGUCAGCCAUACGUCAGUCAGUCAUCAUAUCAAAAGUCAUACAUUUGCGCACCAUCUCAAAAUGAGUAUCAAAAUGUCGUUGUUCGCGCUUGUCGCUUGUUCUCUCGCAGUCAUCACCACUGCCGCGCCGUCUGGGUUGCCUUUAGCGCUUUCGGCUCCGAUCGUUGCACCUGCAGCUGUAGCUGCCGCCCCCGCACCCGUGGUCACCGCUUACAGUUCGCAGUACGUGGCGAGAAACUACAAUGGAAUUGCUGUCGCACCCGCAGCCGUCGCACCAGCCGUCGUCCCAGCCGCAGCCUACUACGGAUACCCUCAAGUUUAUGCACCCACAGCGUCCUACACCGCAGGGUUACCUCUGGUUGAGGAUUAUCUGUUCAAAUAGGUUAAUGACUCUUAGUAUCAAUACUCUUCGUGGUUAUCCUUGCAACCGUCGAAAGCACCAUCACCGUAAAACUCUCUUCGAUUCUAUUGUACGAUAAUUCUUUGUAAAAUAAAACAUUUAUUUAUGUAAAAAAUAAAUUUUAAAAAUAUUACAUUUCAAAAUGAAAAUCA